AUGAUGGAAAAGAUAUAUGAAGGUAUUUUGGACGGCCAGCAGCCUCCAGCAGCCGACUUGAUGUUGACAUUUAGCAUAUUUGCCGGUUCGGUACUAGGCUGGACGCCGGUACUCUUGAGCAAGCUAAAUUCAACAAGUGAAGAGGCUCAAUCGGCUUUAAUAUCAUACAGUCGUCUUGCAUUGGCCAUUUUGGAUCAUCACGAAAACAUUUUGCAACCAUCAACUACUGCUAUUGUAGCCAUCGGAACCUUGGGUCACAUACUCAUGAAUACGGACUGCUUCCCAGUACGCGUGCAUACUCUUCGGAAUCACUGUUUACUGAUGGCAAGGGAAUUGAACAUUCAUCGACUGGACACGGCCAAGUCUCGCGAGGAGCGAAGACUUAAAGGGUGUGACAUGAUUGAUAUUGAAGUUCAGCGACGAGUUUGGUGGAACUUGGUUGCGUCCGACUGGCUUCUCGCAUUCGCUGGAGGUCCACAGGAUGGAGCCUAUGUAUUCCAACCCAAGCACAUGAAUGUGAACAUGCCAACCAAUACAGAUGACGAGUUCAUCACUAGUGAUGGCAUUCAGCAGACAUUUCCCCAGUUCAUGCCCACGGUCAUAUCGGGUUUUUAUGCUCGAGUCCAAUGUGCCGAUCUCUGUCGUCAAGUGGUCGAUGCUCUUCCAUCCAUCCUCCUUGACGCAGAAGAACCAGAGUAUGCCACAAUCAUGGAUUUGGAUACGAGGUUCCAUGACCACUUCGCCAGUCUUCCGGUCUUUCUUAAACUUGACCCGGAAAGCAUCGAACAAAGCCGGCAAAUCUGCAAAGAACGACCUUACAUCGCUUGGCAGCGCCUCAGCGUCCACUUCAGCCUUCAUACUCGUCUUUGUCGCUUACAUCGAGCCUAUCAUCUCGAGGGUAUUACAAAUUCCAAAUAUGCAUACUCGCACAUGGUCUGUAUUCGCUCUGCCCACAAGGUCCUGGAAAUCCGUCGUGCGAUGGAUGAUCUAGUUCCGGAAAUAGGGCUGCGACCCGCUCGAUUCUGGACAGUCAUGCAUCAUGUCUUCUUCGCGGCGUUAAUAUUAGCCAUGGAUGUCUCCUUCAACCCGACUGCGCCCGAUGCAGCCGCCCGCAAAGCCAAGGUGCUUGCCGCCUACGAGACCCUCGAGCAGUCGAAGCGAGAAUCUAAUAAUUUGAUGGAGGGCCUUCAAAAAAACCUACAGACGCUCAUGUCGACAUUACAUAAACAGCGACUGCAGGGAUCUAUGCUACCAAAUGACACGACUGCAGCCCGCGAGGGGCUUGCCGCUGACAUCCCAACCAGGAACCAGCUAGGCAACGAGACUGGCCAGGCUAGCAACGUGACAUUUACACAAGAGAAAGCCGCCACAACACAGCCAUCGUCGUUACUUGUUUCCGAUGGUAAUAGUCUAAUCAACGAUAUGGACGAAGAUGGUUGGGAGAAGCUCUGGUCGGAAUUUGUGGCUGUGGCUCCUGUUUUAGAUGUGCCACAGUGGAACUCAUUGCUGGAAGAUGUGGAUUUCCCCCCUCAUCUAGAUAUUUAUUAA